GUAAUUUGUUCUCUCUUUUACGUAUCUCUCUCUGUGCUUUUUCUUCCAACCCGACUCUCUUCUUUUUCACUGGAAUCCUCUAUUUUCUAUUCCCAAUUCGUUUCAAAUUUCUCGUCUUUUUGUUUCUGGGUUUAACCGGAUCAAUUGAGUUGAAGAUUCCACCAGAAAGUGAAGGAAGAAAGUUCUGAUCUUGCUCCCUGCUGGAGGGAAAAUUCUCCCGGGAAAAAAAAAAAUAUGCUUUGGGGCAUCGGCAGAGAGGAGGAGGAUUCAGAAAUUAGUUGAAGGAGUGGGAUAAGGGAAGCAGGCGAAUGAAGUAUCAGGAUCUCUUGUCUCAUUGCUACAACCUGCUGGGAUACUAUCCUCCGAUAUGGGCGUCUACGCUCGCCGGUGCUUUAAUGGCGGUCAGCCUCUCAUUGUCUUGUUACCUCCUCUUCGAACACCUCUCUGCUUACAAGAACCCUGAGGAACAGAAGUUUCUGAUUGGAGUAAUUCUUAUGGUUCCUUGUUAUGCCAUCGAAUCUUUUAUAUCGUUGGUGCAUCCAUCAAUUAGUGUUGAUGUUGGAAUUCUACGGGAUUGCUAUGAAUCCUUCGCCAUGUAUUGCUUUGGGAGGUACCUUGUUGCUUGCUUGGGUGGAGAAGAAAGAGCAGUCGAGUUCAUGGAGAGACAAGGGCGAGCAAGCACGAAGACUCCACUUUUAGAACAUGCUCACGAGAAGGGAACCGUUAAGCACCCUUUUCCAAUGAAUUAUUUCUUAAAGCCAUGGAGGCUUGGCCGGUGGUUCUAUCAAGUUGUGAAGUUUGGUAUUGUUCAAUAUAUGAUCAUUAAGGCUUUCACUUCGAUUUCAGCUGUAGUUCUCGAGGCCUUUGGAGUCUACUGUGAAGGCGAGUUCAAAUGGAACUGUGGGUACCCUUACCUGGCAGUAGUUCUAAACUUUAGCCAGUCAUGGGCUCUCUACUGUUUAGUGCAAUUCUACACCGCAACAAAGCAGGAGCUGGCCCACAUAAACCCGUUGUAUAAAUUCCUAACCUUCAAAUCAAUCGUGUUUCUGACUUGGUGGCAAGGAGUCACGAUCGCUCUUCUCUCCUCCCUCAAUUUGUUCCGAGGUCCCAUUGCUCAAGCCUUGGAAUUCAAGUCAAGUGUGCAGGACUUCAUAAUCUGUGUUGAGAUGGGCAUUGCUUCGGCUGUUCAUCUAUAUGUUUUCCCAGCAAAGCCAUAUGCACUGAUGGGAGAUCGUUUCACCGGAACAAUCUCUGUCCUUGGAGAUUAUGCAUCAGUGGAUUGCCCUAUAGAUCCCGAUGAGGUCAGGGACAGCGAGCGCCCUACAAAACUACGCCUCCCCCAGCCUGAUGAAGAUAUCAGGAGCGGGAUGACACUGAAAGAAAGUGUUCGGGAUGUGGUUGUUGGUGGCGGUGGAUUUAUAGUAAACGACGUUAAGUUCACAGUAAACCAGGCAGUGGAGCCAGUGGAGAAGGGAAUCACGAAAUUCAACGAGAAAUUACACAAGAUCUCCGAGAAUAUGAGGAAGCACGACAAGGAUAAGAAGAGAACGAAGGACGACAGUUGUUUAUCGACCUCGCGGAGAGUCAUUCGUGGUAUAGAUGACCCUCUCUUAAACGGUAGCGUUAGCGACAGCGGAGUAACAAGAACGAAGAAGCAUCGACGCAAAGCAGGCAAUAACAAUAAUAACAGCGGCGAGAGUGGGGGAGAAAGUAGCAGCGAUCAGAGCUAUGGUGGUUAUCAGGUCAGGGGCAAUAGGUGGAUAACUAAAGAUUAGAAGAAAACUUGCAAAAACCGAAGAACCGCCUUAGAUGAUUGUUGCAAUUUGUAUAGAGUAUCUAUAGAGAGCUUGCUGGUUUUGUAAUGCUGCCAUGACUCUGAAUGUAUUAAGAAAAUUUGAUGAUCUUGUUUGGAAGAACUCCCACUUUGUUUCUUUCAGUUGAGUUGAGUGAUCUUCAUCACCAUUGCAGCUGAAAGAGUUGAAGCUUGAUGGGAAAAUUACACGCAAUGGGAUAUACUUAAAUGUGGCCCAAUAACAACUUAUGGGCCUU